AUGGAAAAUGCAACCAAGAACGAAUUGGCCGGAUUGCGCAAUGAGCUCGGUACCAAGGAAGAGCGAACGAGGGUGAAACGCAUGCUGAACCGCCACAACCACAAGUUUGGUCGUGAAACUGGCGGUCAAGUGACGUUGAAGCAUUUGAAGGAGCUCGAAACUAAACAGCGUCCGGCUGGAGGCGCGAAGCUCGGAACAGCGACACAGAGGCACGCCCAUUUUGACAAGGAGCAGAUGAAGCAGUCCGUCCCAGUCAGAAAUAUGGAAGAGCGCGCGGCGGCAAUGGCGGAAGGAGCACGCACCACGCGAUACGGUGGUCGUCAAGCGGGAAUGCGCUCCAAGACCACGAUCCUGGCUAUCGACCCAGAAACGCUGCAGCACAAGAUCAACGCGGCCAUCCAGCCCAUGCAGCGCAACGGUCGGCACGAUGUCAAGGUGUCUGGCACCUAUCAAGCCUGGGAAUUCCGGUUUGAUCCGGCUACCGGUGAACACGUGAAGGUCUACGUGCAGGUGAAAGAUCCGGUGUUUGGAGUCACCAACGGACGUGCCAAUCACUUCAAUGCUCAGAAGACUGGCGCGAUGAACGAGAUCCCACAGCAGCAAUUCUACGACGCCUACAAGUCGAUCCAACAGCCCACCCCCCUUGCCCACUGCUUCUAUCCGGUCAAACCGGCUCGACCACCGCCGCCUGCUCGGCCUCCAAAGCCAGCCCGGCGUGACGAGCAGAAGGAGCAC